AGAAGAGUUGUUGGUUUGAUGACAAUUUUGUACCGCGAAGGUUUUGGCCCCUUAAAAAAUAGUAAUAAUCGAAAUAGACGUUUAUUGUUGUUCUCCUUGGCCUGUGAUGCCGCCAAAUUUUAAUUGUUUCUGUCAAAGUCGUUAAUUUAUUGCAGCCGUCAAGGUAAAUCCCAGGUUCUCCGCAAAAUGUCAGUAGAUGAAGACGAAAUUAAUCAGCGGUUAAAGGCGGCAGUGCAUUAUACAGUGGGUCAUCUCUGUAAGAAGAUUGGAGCAGACCACCGAAAGGAGUUAAGCCGACAGACCGUAGCAGCGAUAGCUGAGACGACAUUCAGACAGUGUGAUGUAUUUGCUAAAGACUUAGAAGCCUUUGCAAGGCACGCUAAAAGAACCACAGUGUCUGCGGAGGACGUAAAACUCGUGGCCCGUCGCAGUACAGCAUUGUCUGUCUACAUACAAAAUAAAAGUGAGGAACUGGCAAUGGAGCAGGAUUUGAGAAAGAAGAAUACUGGGAAGAGAAAGAGCAGAGAAACUGAAGAGGAGAGCAGAGAAUGAGGAAUGCUUUCAGAAAAGCCUGCAAUCUAAAUCCAACUUGUGCCCAGCAUGAAAUUAAACAUGAAGUAUGACCAGUG